AUCGUGUGACUGCAGUCACUGAAGUCACACAACGGUGCGCUGUUCCGUAGAAAUAGUUAACACCUUUGUUGUUUUUUAUAUAUGUAGGUAUUACUGAUAGUUAUUAAUAAUAAUUAAUUAACAGAGGUACAGUACAACCGAGUCGGUCGUAGUGUCUAAUAGAAUAUCAAUUACAACAACAAUUAAUAUCAAAAAGAUUUAAUUUGCUAAGGACAAGUGAAAUAUGGAUUCAGAACAAUCUGGAAGAGAAAAUGGACACAAGAAAACUUCUGGAAAAAUUGCUGAAGGCGUAUUGAAGGGACAAACAAGUUAUUAUAUAAAGCAGGGAUCUAAAUAUGCAACAAAAUUUAAUUCGUCAAAAUCGUGUGCGAUAAGUGUGCUGGAUACCUCUAUAAAGGGUAAAAAAAACUGGGUGAUACGAUUUGACAAACCGCAUUUGGGAAAGGUCCCUUAUGAUCACAUUAAUAUCAAUCCUAAAAUAUCGGGUAUAAAAGAUCCACAUAUUCCGUUACCACCUGGCGGUUUAGCGGCAGCUGAAGGAGCAUCUAAAUUUUUUACAGCUGUUAAUAAGGUAGCAGGACCGGUAGCUUUAAUGAUGGAUGGAUAUCAAGUUGGAUCUUCCAUAGGUGAAGACUAUAAAAAUGGCACAACUCGAAACACAGUAGAAACAGUUGCCAACAUUAGUGGUACAUGGGGUGGUGGAUGUGGAGGUGCAGUUGCAGGAGCUACGAUAGGCUCUGCAAUUUUUCCCGGAGUCGGCACUAUAAUUGGUGGAGUAAUCGGUGGAAUUGGAGGAGGUAUAGGAGGAGCUUUGGGUUGUUCAGCAUUAACAAAGACAAUUGGCGACAAGUACGAGUAUGGAAUAGAGGAAAUUGUCUGUAAAAACUGUUGUGAAAAGUUUAAAUGGAAGAGAUAUUUAGACAAAUUUCCGUUGUGUCCAAAAUGUUUGUAACCUCUUGAAUGUAGGUACGAACAGUGGACACAUUGGUAUACACGUCUGGAUAGCCACGCUCACAACCGAAGCCCCAAGACACAAUACCGGCAAGAAUACCAUCAACUACCAUCGGACCGCCUGAAUCCCCACGACAGACGUCCGCUUCUCCAUUACUGGCAGUAGCACACAACAUGUGUGAUUGCUACUAAAUAAGUAGGAAGCGAACUCCAUGCUGUCACAAGACCAGAAGUACCUGAAGGCCAACUGGUGCCAGAAGAGGGAAGUUUAACUGAAGCAACGAAACUAUCUUCAGUCAAAAUUGUCAAUAGUCGCAAGAUGGAGAUGUCGUAGUCGAUUGUGUUGCCGUUAUAGCUGGGAUGAAUGUAGAUUCCAGAAACAUUUGAUGUUUGACCACCGGAGCCGGGAGUAGAGGUUCCAGCACGAAUCAGAAGCGACUUAGCAGACAUUCUAGAUAAAAAAAAAAGAAAGGAUUUAUUACAAAAUUAGAAGAUGAGGACAUGCACUUUUCAGUGAUUAACCGAUUAACAGAGCGAAUAUACAGGGUUAUUCACAAGAGGCUUUAUACUUUUUAAAUAAUUUACGACGCAACCAGAAAUAUAAUUUCAAAACCAUCUUUGAUAUUACAUAGCAUAUUUUUUUAUUUAAGUAACACAUACAAUAGUGUAAUAACAUCGACGUAGUGUCAGAUACUAUCAUGUUAAAACUGACAUUUCGUCGAAACGAUGAUGCGAUUUUGAUAGAUGGUGAAUGGUUUACUACAUUACUAGAAUUAGACAUUAAUAAAUUUUGUGGCGUUUGUGUCCAGAAUGCAAAAGUAAGUACCUACUUAUGUCGUGUAUCUGCAAAUUCCAAUAUAUUUAUAGUUAUGUUAAUUCCAAAAGAAAAAUAUAUGCCUCUGUUUGAGCGAACUUGCAAAUACCCAGAAUAUUUUCUGCUUCUAUUUUUAAAAUUUCUAGUUCUAGUAUUUUUGUAUGUGCUUCAUGAUUGCAGAGAUUGAAAAAUAACAUCUUUAUAUCUAUUAAAUAUUGAAAAUCGUUAUUGGCGUUUCAUGCAAUUCAUUACUAUAUAUAUAUAUAUAUAUAUAUAUAUACAGUGGACGCCGCUUAAUGUGAUCACUUUGGGACUCAGACAAAUUGAUCACACUAACCGACUGAUAACAAUAAGCGAAAACCACCAUCAGAGACAGGAAAACUUGAAACAAAUCAAAAUCAUGAACAAGAGAGUGUUCAUUAUGCUGGUAAAUGAAGGUACAUAAACAUUAGAAUUUAUUUUUAAUUUUGGUUAUCAUUCUGAGAAAGGGACUCUUGAUUUCCAUUGGUUAUUUUAGAAAAAACGGGCUGAAAUUUUUUUUUCUCUGAUAAGCUGAGAUCUCGUCGUUUUGACGUGCUCAUUUUUACAUAAGUACUACUCAAAUUUAAAACAGGAAAAAUUCGUUCAUUCAAAAUACGAAAACGCGCUGAUUACUAAAGUCUGUCACUGAUUGUGGCUCUAUAAAGUGAGUAGUAUAAGCGAAUGUAUCUUUUGAGAGCAAUAAAAGUUCAUUAAAAACAAUAGUACUUUCAAUCGUCUCGUUUCUUCAAAAAAGCUUGUAUAAGAAUUGAGAGAUUGAUCACAAUAAGCGAAAUAUUGAUCACAAUAAACGGAAAAACUGUAAUGCAUUGGUAUUGCGUGGGCCCGUUCCAAGCCAUUUUGAUCACACUAAGCGGUUGAUAACAUUAACCGUGAUCAUAUUAAGCGGCGUCUACUGUAUAUAUAUUAUGUUUAUUGCUCACCAAAUCUGUUUACUUUAUCUACACAUCUUAAAACUGUUCACUUGUUCUUAUCUAUCAGACAUCUUUAAAUAAUCACAUAUUUGUCCUCUAAAAAAGUAAUAAACGUGUCACUGAAA